AUGGAUAUAUCGAAAUCAAGAGAAAGUGUAACAACAGAUCGAGGGCAAGAUUCACAACUUGUCAAUGGUUUAGCAGAAGCACCGAGAGGAAAGAGCGAACAUACCGAACAGUAUCAAUUUGACGUGAUUGUUAUUGGAUCAGGACCAGGAGGUUAUACCAGUGCAAUCCGAUGUGCUCAGCUGGGUAAAUCAGUAGCAAUUGUGGAACGUGAUCUUCUUGGUGGUCACGCUGUCAACUGGGGCUGUGUACCGCUGAAUUCCAUGAUUGCUUCUGCACGAUUGAUCCGUUCCAUUCAUGAAUGUGAUCGAUAUGGCAUUAGAAUACCAUCUUAUCGCAUCGACUUUUCAUACAUCGCUCGCCAUCGCGAUGAAGCCGUGAAGAAAGUUCGUUCUCAAGUUAAGCAUUUUUUAGACAAAUAUCAUAUUCAAGUAUACACUGGCAAUGCUUGCAUUGUCAAUCCACAUCACGUCUUAGUCAAACCAGUGCAAAAACGUACCUAUGCUACAAUUCGCGAUGCCAAUGGUCACAGUCCUUAUGAAACUAGCGAUUACACGUCAGUCAGAGCUGAUGUAGAAAUUACUGGCAACAAUAUUAUUAUUGCCGCAGGGGUUGAAUAUGAAUUACCUCAGUUUGUCGAGAAAAAUGAUAGGAAAAGUGUCGAUCCUACUGAACUUCUCUGGCGUCGGACUAUUCCUGAAUCAUUAGUUAUUAUCGGCGGAGGUGUAUUAGGAUGUGAAAUAGCUUCGCUCUACAGCCACCUACGUUCAAAUGUGAUUUUGAUCGACAAAAACUCACGAUUAUUAAAAUGUAUGGACGAACAAGUUUCCUUCGCUGUUGAAACAUGCUUGAAAGCAAAUGGUGUGAACAUUACACUCAAUGCUAACGUCGAACGAGUAGCAAAUGGUGAAGUGAUUAUUCAACUUCAUCAGGCAAACAUACAGCGUACUAUACGAGGCGCUUUAGUUGUUGUCUGUGUUGGCCGUAAGCCUACUUUUGAUUACAAAUACUUGGAACAACUUGGCAUUCGGAUUGAUCAUGAACGGUCAACAAUUAUUACUGAUGAAAAAACGUGUGAAACAUCAAUACGAACCAUUUACGCAUGUGGUGGAAUUGUUUCAUCAUGUUGGUCCUGGGUAUCCUGUGCAGUGCGUCAGGGUCAUAUAACAGCAAAUGCCAUCUGUUGUGUGAGUGAAAAUACAAACAAUCCGAAGUUUCAUAUGGCAACUAAUCCAGCUGCACCUUUCGUUAUCAAUGUUAUUCCCGCAGUGGCGAGUGUCGGUGAAAUACCCAAAUCGACAGAUAAUGUUCUGAUUUAUAUGUACAAAUUUCAUACUGAUCGACGAGCCAUUAUUGAUAGUCAAACAUGGGGUUUUGUCAAAAUGUGGACAACAUCCGAUGAGCCGAAACGAUUCCUUGCCGUACAAUUAGCUCAUGAAGCAGCAGCAGAAAUUAUUGAGUACUAUAGUAUGAUCAUUUCACUGAAUCUUUCAAUACGCGACGUAUGUUUUCUCUCAUUCGCACAUCCGACUUAUACCGAAAGUGUAAAAGAAGCUUGCGAAUAUGUACUCGGUCAAUCCAUGAACUACGAUGAAAAUCUAAGAUUGUGA